CGGGAGGUUCUUUGAGUCUGCAUUGCGUAGGACAGAACUAGAGAGAGAUGGCUACCGGCGGGGCAGCAUCGAGUUCACCGAAGAUCGUGUGGAACGAGACCCACCGGAGGUUCGAGACAGAGGACAGGAAAGCUUACUUAGAGUACGUGCUAAGAAACGACGGCAGAGUGAUGGACAUGGUCCAUACUUUUGUGCCCUCUUCAAAGAGAGGGAUGGGCUUGGCUUCUCAUCUCUGCGUUGCCGCCUUCAAUCACGCCAAGUCCCACACCCUCUCUGUCAUACCCACAUGCUCCUACGUCUCGGACACAUUUCUUCCACGGAACCCAUCUUGGAAUUCUCUUUUGCACUCAGAAGAACUCAAAUCCAAUAUAUGAGCUUCUUUAGAAGCCUGUGAUGCAUGUGGUGGUGUUAUAUGUGUUUAUGGUGCAAAAUGUAUUCGACUCUUAUGUAUGGAUAUUGAUGGUGCAAUAAUAUCUUGAGAGACAGUUCUGAUGGUCACAUGUUACCAUGUUGAAUUGUAAUGCAUUGAGUUGAAUUAACAGCACUGCUCACCAGCUGUGCAAAUAUAUUUCACAAUAUUGGGUUCAUAAUAUCUCUUUUACAAUGAGAGUUGAUACGAAAUCACAGCAGCAAAUAACACUAUUGAUGGUGC